UGAAACAUUAUAUACCAACAUCUCUGACAUGCAUAAAGUAUCAGACUAGGCCUAGUAAUUUUCAUUUCAUAACAUUUAGCUCGAAGAAUUUCUCAAGGAGCUUGAUAUAGAAAAAUAGGUAAGAAGUGAAAUUUUGUUACAAGCAUGGAGGAAGAUCAUAUGAGAGAGCCAUUGUUGGAGAAGCAGUACUUUAAGGAUUGCCCUGGUUGUAAAGUGGAACAAGCCAAAGAACUUAAUCAAGGAGUAUCCAUUACAAAUCUUUUGAUUAUUUGGAUGGUGGUCAUAUCUGCUACAUUACCUGCAUCAUCUCUCUUUCCAUUCCUUUAUUUCAUGGUACGGGAUUUCAAUGUUGCAAAAGAAGAGGCUGAUAUUAGCUAUUAUGCUGGUUAUGUUGGAUCUUCAUUCAUGCUUGGAAGAUCUUUGACAUCAGUAUUCUGGGGAAUGAUUUCCGAUCGUUAUGGUCGAAAACCUGUUAUAAUUUUAGGGAUCAUCGCAGUUGUAAUAUUCAACACACUAUUUGGUCUUAGUACUAGUUUUUGGAUGGCUGUUAUAACGAGAUUUCUUCUUGGAAGUUUAAACGGUGUGCUUGGACCAGUAAAGGCCUAUGCUACUGAACUUUUCCGAGAAGAGCAUCAAGCUAUAGGACUUUCUACUGUUAGUGCAGCUUGGGGCAUAGGUUUAGUCAUUGGUCCAGCAUUGGGUGGAUAUUUGGCUCAGCUUUGUAAAUGGAAGAGUGAGAUUGAUGCCACGAUCCACUAAGAUUUAGGUGCUGUUGUUUUAAUUCGUAGAUAAGAUUCAGGAGUUUGAAUGUCAUACUUUUCAUUUUGACUAUAAAAUAAAAAAUUGCAACUU